AUGGCUAUCUCCAAGAACUUACCAUUAUUGAAGAAUCACUUCAGAAAGCACUGGCAAGAACGUGUCAAAGUUCACUUUGACCAAGCCGGUAAGAAGGCUUCCAGAAGACAAGCUAGAUUGUCCAAGGCUGCCAAGAUUGCCCCAAGACCUCUUGAUGCUUUGAGACCAGUUGUCAGAGCCCCAACCGUCAAAUACAACAGAAAGGUUAGAGCCGGUAGAGGUUUCACCUUGGCCGAAUUGAAGGCUGCUGGCUUGACCGCUAAGUACGCUAGAACCAUCGGUAUUGCCGCUGACCACAGAAGACAAAACAAGUCCCAAGAAACCUUCGACGCCAACGUUGCCAGAUUACAAGAAUACAAGUCCAAGUUGGUUAUCUUCGACAAGAAGACUAAGGCUUCCGAAGCUGCUGCUUACAAGCAAAUUUCUACUGGUGCUACUUUCCCAGUUGUCCAACCAGAAAUCGAAUCUGCCCCAAGAGCUGUCCCAGAACAAUCCGUUUCUGCUUUCACCACCUUGAGAUUGGCUCAAUCUGACAAGAAAUACAAGGGUAUCAGAGAAAAGCGUGCUAGAGAAGCUGCUGAAGCUGAAGCUGACAAGAAGAAGAAGUAAAUUCUGUCCUCCAACUAAAUGUACAUUUAUCUAGUAUGUAUGUGAAUAAUAUAAUCAUGUAUUAGU